AUGGAGAAGGGGCAGGAGAUAGCAGCAUCAGAUGGUGAAAAGGGUCCAGAGCAGCACGCCAUUGACGUUGGCCAUGCCGAGCAUGGUGAUGGCAAGGGAGAGGACAUCGAGAAGGAGAGGGUGGCUGUGGCUGAGGACGUGCAGAAGAAGAAGAGCAGAAGAGUGGCAGCUCUUGAUGCCUUCAGAGGGCUAACCAUUGUGCUUAUGAUACUGGUGGACGAUGCCGGUGGGGCUUAUGAGCGGAUUGACCACUCACCAUGGAACGGCUGCACUCUGGCAGACUUCGUCCUGCCGUUCUUCCUCUUCAUAGUUGGUGUUGCGAUCGCCUUCGCACUGAAGAGAGUUCCAAAUAUCGGUGCCGCCGUGAAGAAGAUUACCAUCAGAACACUGAAAAUGCUCUUCUGGGGUGUGCUUCUCCAAGGUGGAUAUUCUCAUGCUCCGGAUGACCUCUCUUAUGGAGUGGACAUGAAGAAGAUCAGAUGGAUGGGCAUCCUACAGAGAAUAGCUUUGGUAUACUUCAUUGUUGCUCUGAUAGAGGCAUUCACCGUAAAGGUACGGCCUACCACGGUGCGGUCCGGUCCUUACGCCAUUUUCAAUGCGUAUCGAUGGCAAUGGUUAGGUGGUUUCAUUGCAUUUGUGAUAUACAUGGUUACAACAUUCUCACUAUAUGUCCCGGAUUGGAGUUUUGUUUACCACAAUGAUGGCGACAUCAAUGACGGGAAACAAUUUACGGUAAAAUGUGGUGUGAGGGCCAGCCUGGAGCAAGCCUGCAACGCAGUUGGUUAUGUUGAUAGGCAGGUCUGGGGGAUCAAUCAUCUCUACACACAGCCAGUUUGGAUCCGAUCAAAGGAUUGUACAUCAAGCUCACCCAACAUGGGUCCCUUGCGAGCAGAUGCACCAGCGUGGUGCCUUGCGCCUUUUGAACCGGAAGGCUUGUUAAGUUCAAUAUCGUCAGUACUGUCAGGGACAAUCGGGAUACAUUAUGGGCAUGUUCUAAUCCAUUUCAAGACUCACAAGGAGAGACUGAAGCACUGGCUUCUGAUGGGCUUUUCGCUCCUUGUAGUCGCCAUUAUCCUACACUUCACAAAUGCCAUCCCAAUCAACAAGCAGCUCUACAGCUUCAGCUAUGUCUGCUUUACAGGCGGUGCAGCAGGAAUUGUUCUUUCAGCUUUCUAUAUACUGAUUGAUGUCUGGGGACUGAGGACGCCAUUCCUUUUCCUGGAGUGGAUAGGCAUGAACGCCAUGCUUGUGUUUGUCCUAGGAGCACAGGGAAUACUGGCUGCAUUUGUGAAUGGAUGGUACUACGAGUCGGAAGAUAACAAUCUUGUCAAUUGGAUCGUGAAGCAUGUGUUCGUCAAUGUCUGGCACUCGCAACGGCUGGGAACUCUUCUGUAUGUCAUAUUCUGUGAGAUAGUGUUCUGGGGUGUUGCUGCAGGCGUCUUGCACAAAUUAGGGAUUUAUUGGAAACUAUGA